UAUGAACUACCGAGCCCUGGCACAAAUUAAACACUGCACCCAUCCACCGAGUGAGGCGGGGCCGCCAGGCAGCCCAUGAGCCCCGCAGUGAGAGUGGCAGGCUGUUGCCUCAGCAGCCCGACAAGGAGAGGAGUGAGGUUCCCUGCGAGAGGGGACGGCCUGGGCCCGGUCGCCACAGCUCUCCCGCUUCCGGGCGCUGUGCUAGGGCCUCUCCGCAGCAGGGGGAGCCCUAAGCGCCCCAGCCCCGCCUUUGGGCGGCUCAGCGGCGGCGCGGGCGAAGCUGGGCCGGGAAGAUGGCGCCGCCGCUGGGGCUGGUGAAGCGGCUGUUGCUGAGGUCCGGGAGCCUGAGCCACACAUUGACUCGUUCUGCAUUCAUUGCAAGAAAACCUGACCAUAAUAAACCAAACUGGGGAAAGGUUGGACUGACUUUUGGCACUGCUGCAGCUCUGUGGGUCCUACUCUUCAAGCAACAUAAUGAAGAUGUAAUGGAAUAUGAAAGGAGAAGAGAAGAGAGGGAAAAACAUGAUGCAUGUACAGGAUGUUCAUAGUUGACAAUAUGCUCUAAGAAGCGAUUGAGCGAUAAUUGUAAUCCACAAGGAAAUGAUGAACAGGGUAUCAGAAAAUAUCUGGAUAUUUAUCUGUUCUCAAUGUUUUGUACAGAGCACUGUGAAAUAAACAGCAAUUAAUAUGGAA